ACCUCCCUCAGUCGGCCGUCGCCCUCCGGCCGGACAACAUGGAGCUGAGCGGCCUGGCCUGCCCUCGCCUGCCCUGUGCCAUCCUCCUGCUCGUCGCCUUCUGCUCCCCAAGAGUGGCCGCCGAUCCGGGCGAGGUGGAGGUGCUGAUGCCAGACCUGCUGGAGGUCCAGGUGGGCGAGACGGCACACCUCCGCUGCGAUUUCUUCCUGCCGGAAGGCAACUACAGCUACAUCAAAUGGUUCUACCUCACCAAGGACCAGCGGAAUCCCAUCUUCUACGUGUACAAGGGCAAGGGCCAGGCCAACCUGGGCGAGUUCCAGGACCGGCUCUCGCUGGUGGGCGAGACCCAGCUGGACCUGGCGCAGGUCACUCCCCGCGACGAGGGGGACUUCGUCUGCCAGGUCGGAGCCACCGACUCCCGGACGCAGGAGAACCGGACCCAGCUACGGGUCUACAAAGCCCCCGAGGAGCCGACAAUCCAGGUCACCACCACAGGCAUCUCCGUCACCAACAAGAACCUGGAAGAGAUCGCCAACUGCGUGGGUAAAAACGGGUACCCCGCGCCCAAUGUUACCUGGUACAAGAAUCGGACAUCCCUGAAGCAGGAGAAAGAUAAGGUGAACAUCCUCUCGACCCGGAUCAAAGAGUCCAACGGGUUGUACACCGUGAGCAGCAGCCUCUGGGCCCAGCUGGAGAAGGGGGACGAAAAUGCCCGUUUCUACUGCGAGCUGAGCUACCGGCUACCAGGGGGAGAGCACAUGCUGGAGUCCAAGGACAUCACCAUCCCCAUCUUCUAUCCGUCCGAGAAAGUGUGGCUGGAGGUGUCGCCCGCUGCGCCGCUCAAAGAGGGGGACACCGUGGUGCUGCAGUGCCAAGCCGACGGGAACCCGCCGCCGGAAUUCACCUACUGGAAGAAGGAUGCCACGGGGCAGUGGCAGGAACUGAAGGAUACCCGGGGCGGGCCCCUGACACUGAAGGCGGCCUCCAGGUUGGACAGCGGUCACUAUCAGUGCCGGGGCCUGGACCUCGACGCGUUGACCGAUCUGACUGGCGACGAGCAGCAGCUACUGGUGAACUACGUAUCCAACGUCCGAGUCCAUCCCAAGGUGGCCGUGGGCCACGAGGGUGGUAGCCUGACCGUGAACUGUUCUGCGGACAGCAACCUGCCACUGGACUUCCAGUGGCAGCGGGAAAAGGGCUCCAAGAUCCUGGCGACGGGCCCCGUCCUGCACCUGAGCGACCUGAGCCGCGACACGGCCGGGGGCUACCGUUGCGUGGCAUCCGUGCCCGGUGUGGCCGGCCUGGCCCGCAGCAAGCCCUUCAACGUCUCCGUCCACAGGUCCCCGCGGGUGACGGCGAAGCCCGGGCGGGUACCCGUGCGGGAAAACGAGCUGGUGAACCUGACGUGCGAGGCCUCGGGACACCCCCAGCCCAAGCUCAGCUGGAGCACCAAUGGCACGGUCCUCCACCAAACCGCCAACCACCACGUGCUGAGUACCCUAAGCGUGCUGGUGACCCCCGAGCUCCUGGAGACGGGCGUUGUGUGCCAAGCGACCAACAGACUGGGCAGCAACAAAACCACCAUCCUCCUGGAGCUGAUCAGCUUCACCACCCUGACUCCGGGCAUCACCACCAUGCCAAACUCCACCCCCAGGGCCGACCCCACCAACCGGGCCGGCCCCAACGGCACCUCCACAGGGGAUGCCGUGCAGAAAGAGCAUAAGCGCCAGGAGAGCAAGGGGGUGGUGAUCGUGGCCAUCAUCGUCUGCAUCCUGGUCCUGGCCGUGCUCGGAGCCGUCCUCUACUUCCUCCACAAGAAGGGCAAGCUGCCCUGCGGCCGCUCGGGCAAACAGGACAUCACGCUGCCUGCAGUGCGUAAGGACGAGAUUGUAGUUGAAGUUAAGUCAGAUAAGCUCCCCGAGGAGAUGAGCCUGCUCCAGGGCACCAACGGCAGCAAGCGGGCUCCAGGAGACGAGGGAGAGAAGUACAUCGAUGUGAAGCACUAGCGUCCCGGGUCCAGGCCGCGCUCCCCCCCCCGCCCCUCCUGAACAGCUGCUCCUGCUCCUCCUGCUCCUCUUCCUCCCCAGCGCCUGGGCCGGAGGCCAGAGCCCUGCAGAUGGUCGGCGGGAUAGACCCAACCCGGUCCGGCCCCCGGAGAGCGGAGCCCGGGCCCGUUCCCUCCCUCCCGGGCGGUGGGGGUCCCGGACCCGGGGGAGAGCCCCCCGUCCCGCCCCACGGUCUGCUCCGGAGAGACCUCGGGGGGCCCUCGGGCCCCCCCUUGCUCCGCCCCAUCACCCUCCUCUGGGCUCAGUGGAGUAAAGCUGGUUCCGCCCCCCCAAACACUGUGAGCCCCCAACCCACAGCCUCGCCCGACAAACACUGUGCAGCUCCCGCGGCCGCGGGCCUCUCUCCGGGGCCAAGAGUCCUGCGGCGGCCAAGGCGUGGGUGACCAUUUCAGCUCUCUUGCCUCUUUCUUUGCAGUCGUAUUUAUUGGGCGCUUACGGUGUGCAGAGCACUGCACUAAGCGCUUGGGAAGAACAAGUUGGCAACAUCUGUCUUCUCCCGCCCCCGGCAGAGAGAUCUAGGCCGGGACUGACCCCUUUCCCUACUUUAGCACGGGGUCGAACGGUACUAGCGGUUAAGAACGGCGCUGGGGCUCGGUUUAUAGAGAGCGAGUUCUGUCAGAUUGAGUGUAAAUUUACCAGUUUCUCUGUUGCAGGUUGUUUUUAUAUAUAUACAUAUAUAUAUAUAUAUGUGAGUGUGUGCGUGUAUGUAAGUGACAAUAAAGCUGAAU